CCCUAAAAACGCUUCUCAUUUUAUUUACUUUUGGCGCAUUGCUUUGACGUCAUCAUGUUCUUCCGGGCCGAGGCGUGAUGGCGCUUCCUGGCUGGUUUCCUCUGAUAUCUGUCACCGCAUCAUUUCUCUCGCUAUGUCUAUUAGUCCGCUUCAGACGCGCCGUGAAACUACUUUGGAAGAAAAUAUUUAACAAGAUAAUGGCUCGCACAGAGAAGCCGUUAUUCCGUAUGGCGUACACACUGUACACCAAGACCAGGCUUGGCUACAUGUUUUACAAGAGGCAAAUGAGGAAAGCUCGGGAACGCUACCCAACUGGACAUUCCACAGUUUUGCCUAUGCAAUUGAGUGGGAUGAAAAUCAUUCCCAUCCCUGUCCUGUCAGACAACUACAGCUAUCUCAUAAUUGAUACCACCUCCAGCGUUGCAGCGGUUGUAGACCCAGCAGACCCUCAAACUGUUCAGGAAGUCCUCAAGGAGGAAGGAGUGAUACUAGAAGCUAUUCUCUGUACACACAAGCACUGGGAUCACAGUGGGGGAAACAAAUUGCUGAAAAGGCUUCAUAGCUCAUGUAGAGUUUAUGGAAAUGCAGCUGAUAAAAUUCCUGGUCUGACGGACCCUCUGUCACAUGAGGACUCUGUAAUGGUUGGGGCUUUGCACUUUAAGGCCCUCUUUACGCCAGGACACACAGUGGGCCACAUGAUUUACCAGCUGGAUGGGCGGCCAUUGGGUGCCCCUUCAAGUCUUUUCUCUGGUGACCUGGUGUUCCUCUCAGGAUGCGGGAGGAUGUUUGAAGGCAGUGCCACUACAAUGCUGUCUUCACUCGACACUGUCAGCUCCUUGAAUGAUGAAACUUUUCUUUGGCCUGGUCACGAGUAUGCUAUGGACAAUCUGCUGUUCGCUGCUGAGGUGGAGCCACGCAAUGCUGCCAGGGAAGACAAGUAUCAGUGGGUGCUGAAGCAGCGAGGACAGAAGCAGUGCACGUGUCCCUCAACUAUUGGAGACGAGAAAGCGUACAAUCCUUUCCUACGCAGCCACUGCCCAGAGCUCCAUUUGGCCUUGGGAGUCCACCAGUUUGCAGACGAGGACUGGACUCUGUUCCGAGCUCGCGUGCUGGAGGAGCUACGCAAACGUAAAGAUCACUACAACAAAAGAUGAUUAGCAUUCAGAAUAUGAAACAUUUAAUGAAAGCCAUAAUGUGUUGGCCAUUACUAUACAAAGACAUGGUGAGCUUUGUUGUAAAAUGUAAAUUUCAAGUACAUAUUUUUUGUACCAUCAAUUUGCAUGUCUUUGCAUUACAGAAUAGUACUAGCAAUGAUCAAAUUUCCUUUGUGUAUUAUGAACAUAUUGUUAUGAUUACCAUAUUAGAUGUGACAUUUAAUAAUGUCAUUUUGCACAUACAUUACCCUGAUGAAAAGGGGUGAUGUCAAGAGGUUAUACAGUAUUGUACUGUACUAUUAUUUCCAGCACAGGGUUUUUAGUCAUAAAACAAUCAUAUAUAUCAUAUCUUUUUGGUCUUUUUUUCUAAUAUUUUCUUAUAUUGCAUUUGGUACAUUUCAGAUGAGUGUGGUUUUAGUAUUAGUUUAUGCAUAUUACUGUACCUGUAUUUUCCACAGGAAUGAACAAAUGUAAAAUCAUGUUUUACCUCUUCUAUGCUUGUUUCUGUGCAACCCUUUUUUUCAUGUGAAACUGAGAUGACUGCAUCAAUUUAAUAAGAACCUAUUGGAAAAACAUCUGUUUAUUGCCAACAUAUUUUACAUUUCAUGAAACCAUCAAAAAUGAUGAACGAUCCGUGCGUCUCACCGUCUCUCAUGCAUUUUGCUGUGAGCUAACUGAAAUGUAAUAAGCUUGGUUCAUAUUCUAAAACUUGUUUGACUUGGAGCUGUGAAGUUAAUAUGGUACAGAAUGAUUGUUUUUAACUGAUCUUUAAGUUGUAGGAAAUUUGCAUUUUCUUUUUAAAUGUGACAAAAACAUACUUGUUUAAUAAGCAAGCGCUAAUCCGCACAUUUAUUUACCAUAAAUUGAAACUACAGAUAAUGAAAUGCAGCCUAUUUCUUUAGGUAUAGUUGGGAAGGAACAAACCUGGAAGAUAGGAAAGCAAAAACACUUUUUUUUUUUCUUUUCUGUGUUCUAAAUGUUAUAAACCAAAGCAGAAUGUCCCCUGGUGACUGUUGACUAAAAUGUUAUUCUGAGUGUUUGAUGCUGUUGCACAUCUUAUUAGCAUAUGUUUGAGUUCAGAACACUACCGCACGGGAAACAGUUUGACUUUAGGUUAUAUUUUAAUGAGGAAAUAUUCAAGUAAAUUUUUCCAUCGCAACUGUGUAUGAGCUGUUUGUCUUU